AUGACGGCUCAGAUGACCAGUCACAUCGUGACCUGUCUGAGCCUGAAGUUACAGGAACACACCAGAAACACACACGACUCAUGUCAUCUAAAAACUGAAAGUACUGCUGCAUUUAAGCAGCUGCGUCGUUCUGAGGAUGAACAGACAAGAACAAAAGACAAGCUGAUCCCACGACUGGCUCAGAACACAGACAUGGCCAACGUAAAAGAACAACUGUUGGAUAUUUUCCUGGAACUUCUUGAUGAAGAUCUUCGGACUUUUCAGUGGUAUCUUUACAGCAGCGACCUUGAUGGAUUUGGACAUAUACCAAAGUGUAAAGUUGACGGCUUGGACAGGCUGCGUACCGUGGAUCUUGUGGCGCAAACAUAUGGUUAUGAUGGUGCUGUUACCGUAACUGUGAUCGUACUGGAGAAAAUGAAACAAAAACUUUUAGCUGAUAGACUAAAAACAUUGUGCAGCAACGGUAAAAGAAAUGAGACAAGCCAAGAACGUGACCUCCUCGCAAUCCAAGAGAGACUGAAAUGUACAUUGAAGGAACAGUGUCUGAAAGUUUACGAGGGCAAUGCAGGUGAAGGACAACGUAUUCACCUGAAAGAAAUCUACACAGAGCUGCAUGUGAUAGCAGGAGCCUGGGGAGGCUUAAGUGACGAGCGUGAGUUCAGACAGCAAACGUCCAAGCAAAUGGCACCGGAAGAAACAAUUAAAGUCCGAGAUCUUUUCAAGCCCGACCAAGAAAGGCGGAUAAGGACUGUGCUCACUCAGGGUAUACCUGGAAUGGGUAAAACAGUCUGUGCACAGAAGUUUGCUCUGAGCUGGGCAGAAGGAGAAGAACAUCAGGACAUCACCUUUGUCUUUCCACUCCCUUUCAGGGAGCUGAAUUCCUUCAUGGGCGAGGGAAACUCUUCAUUGAUGGGCCUACUCCAUUGGUUUUUCCCUCAGAUAAAACCCAUCGAGAAGCUAUCGGACUUGAAAGUCCUCUUCAUUUUCGAUGGCCUUGAUGAGAGUCUUCUCCCAUUAGAUUUCAAAUACAACAAGGUUUUGAGAGACGAGACGGAGCCGGCCCCGCUUGAUGUGCUGAUCACGAACCUCAUCACAGGGGAUCUGCUCUGCAACGCAUUCGUCUGGAUCACAUGUAGGCCUGCGGCGACGGGCAAAAUUCCUCGAAAGUUCAUUGACCAGUGGACUGAAAUCAAGGGCUUCACUGAAGACCGAUGGCAAGAAUACUUUAAGAAGUGCGUGAGUGACAAUGCCCUCUCCCUUCGCAUCAUAGACCAUGUGAAGUCAUCGAAAAGCCUCUAUGUAAUGUGUCAAAUACCAAUUUUCUGCUGGAUCACCGUCACUUUGAUUAAGAGAAUGCUGCGCGACGAUGUGACCGGAAGAUUGCCUAACACCCUGACUGAGAUGUACGUGUAUCUUCUUCUCUGCCAAACCGAACGGAUGGCUGAAAGGCACUACCCCAUGAGCGGUGACAACGUUUGCUUGAAGCUUGCAGAGCUAGCGUUCCGUCAGCUUGAACAGCGCAAACAGAUCUUCUACGAGGCUGACCUGAAAGAGUGCCACCUGGAUGUCAAUGAGGCAACCACGUAUUCGGGUGUUUGCACAGAGAUGUUUCACAUGGAGGCAGGAAGGGGAGAAAAAGUUUUUGACUUUGUGCAUUUGAGUAUCCAGGAAUUUCUGGCAGCUGUGUUUGCCCAUUAUUCAUACAUGCAUAACAAUGAAAAUGUUCUUCUGGGAAGUCUGGGAAGGUUUUACUCAAAGCUGUGUAGAAAGUCUGUUUUAGGCUUUCAUAAAUCUGCCAUUGAAAAGGCUUUGAAAAGUCCAGACGGCCACUGGGAUCUCUUCCUUCGCUUCCUUCUGGGCCUUUCGUUGAAGUCAAACCAGGAGCUUCUCCGCAGUGUGCUGCAUUUGGAAGCACAAGGAGAAGAAGAUGUGGCGAAAACCAUACAGUUCAUCAAAGAAACGAUCAAUGAAGAACCCGAAUCAAAGCUUAACUUGUUCCACUGUCUCGGGGAGCUCAGAGAUGAAUCUCUGGUGCAGGAGAUUCAGAGCUUUGUAAGUUCCGGGAGGCUUGCAAGCACACAGUUAUCUUCGGCUCAGUGGUCCGCUCUCACUUUUGAGCUGAUGACAUCGGAUACUCUGGAGGAAACGUUUGACCUAAAGAAGUACUCAAGAUCAGAAGAAGGGCUAGAAAAGCUGCUGGUUGUUCUAACUUCCUCCACACAUGCCCUCCUGGAUUAUUGCAACCUCACUGAAAACUGCUGUCCAUUGCUGGCCUCUGCCUUGAGCUCGACGUCCUCUCAUCUGACAGAUUUAGACUUGAGUAACAACAGACUGAAGGAUGCGGGAGUGCAACUGCUUUCUGAUGGUCUACUGAGUCCACAAUGCAAGCUCAGGAGUUUAAGGUUGCGUGAAUGUAAGGUGGAGGGUGGCUGCUGUGAGGCCUUGGCUGCUGCUCUUAACACAGAGUCAACCCAACUGAGAGCGCUGGACCUGAGCGCCAAUGAGCUCCAGCGCAGUGGGGUGACGGCCCUGAGUUUGGGACUGAGCAGCCGUCACUGCAAAGUUGAGACAUUGAGUUUAAGUCAGUGCAAACUGGGAGAGGGCUCCUGCGGAGGUUUGGCUGCCAUCUUCAACUCGGGCUCUUCUCGGCUGAAAUCUCUUGAUUUGAGCAACAACAACCUGAAGGACGCCGGGGUUUCCCUGCUCGCUGCUGGACUAACAAGUCCAAGUUGUAAACUAGAAGUUCUGAGACUCAGCUGCUGUGGCCUGACACAGAAAUCCUGUAGCUCCCUCAGCUCAGCUCUCAGCACGGACUCCGGCAAACUCAAACAUCUGGACCUGAGUGGGAACGGCCUCCAGGGUCCAGGUUUUGGGACACUCUGCUCCGGCCUCAAAAGUCAGCACUGCAGACUGGAGACUUUAAUAUUAAAAGAGUGCAGUCUUCAGAAAUGCUGCGCGGACAUGGCACUAGUCCUGAGCACCAACAACUCCCACAUGAAGGAGCUUGACCUGAGUGAGAAUGACCUGGAGGACCUGGAGGUGGAGUUGCUCUCUAACGGAAUAGCAAACCCAAACUGUGUCUUGGAGACCUUGAGCCUGUCGUUUUGUGGAGUCACUGUGAAAGGCUGCGCUCAUCUGGCCUCGGCGCUGAGCGCCAACCCUUCCCACCUGAGCCGGCUGGACCUCAGCUACAACUAUCUCCAGGACUCCGGGGUGGAUCUGAUCUCGGCUCAGCGCGACGAUCCACUUUGUAAGCUCGAACAUCUGAGUGUGGAUCAUAAUGAGGAAUGCUACCUGAAAUCAACGCUAAAAAACUACUCCUGCAUCCUGACCUUGGACCCAAACACGGCCUCUACGUCUCUCUUUCUAUACGACGGAGGUAAACAGGUGACGUGGGUCAGGGAGUCACAGCCGUACCCGAAACACCCCGAGAGGUUCGAGAGCGUCUACCAGGUCCUGUGUCAUCAAGGCCUCACCCAGCGCCACUACUGGGAGGUGGAGUGGCGAGGAUGCUGGGUGGACGUCGCCGUCGCCAUGAGGGGGAUCACUCGCAGAGGGAGCAGCCACGUGUCUGCGUUCGGCAAAACCAACCAGUCCUGGUGUCUGUUCUGCUCCGAAGAUCACUACAGCGCCGAGCACGACGGCGAGCGCGAGGAGAUACCCGUACCCGCGUCUCGCUCUCGCAAGGUGGCGGUCUAUCUGGACUGGCCCGGUGGCACCCUGUCCUUCUACAGGGUGUCCUCUGGGAGCCUCAGACAUCUUCACACGUUCUACAGUAACUUCAGCGAGCCGCUCUACCCGGGGUUUGGGAUGGAAGAGGACGACUGCUCUGUCAUUAUUUGUUCCAAUUAGGAUUCGGAGGAAGGUGAUUGAGGAAACUGUAGAUGCAUUUCCAUUUACCUUAAAGUUGCACAAUUUGACAUUUCAAAAACAUUUUCACUUUAUAAAAACCUGUCAAUUUAG